AUGCAGAUAGAGUUAGACAGGAUCAAGGUCACCCCAUCUGCACUAGUCCUCUCGCCUGAAUGUGGCAUUGAUCUGGCAACCAAAGCCAACGGAUCACUCAGGUACAUCCGCAAUGUCACCCACAAUGAGGAUAGUUCGACAGAGUCCAACACAGUCUCCGACACGGAGUCCGACACAGAGUCUGACACAGAGUCCGACACAGAGUCCGACACAGAGUCCGACACAGUCUCCGACACAGAGUCUGACACAGAGUCCGACACAGAGUCUGACACAGAGUCCGACACAGAGUCCGACACAGUCUCCGACACAGAGUCUGACACAGAGUCCGACACAGAGUCCGACACAGAGUCCGACACAGAGUCUGACACAGAGUCUGACACAGAGUCCGACACAGAGUCCGACACAGAGUCUGACACAGAGUCUGACACAGAGUCCGACACAGAGUCCGACACAGAGUCUGACACAGAGUCUGACACAGAGUCCAACACGGAGUCCGACACGGAGUCUGACACAGAGUCCGACACAGAGUCCGACACAGAGUCCGACACAGAGUCUGACACAGAGUCCGACACAGUCUCCGACACAGAGUCUGACACAGAGUCCGACACAGAGUCCGACACAGAGUCCGACACAGAGUCUGACACAGAGUCUGACACAGAGUCCGACACAGAGUCCGACACAGAGUCUGACACAGAGUCUGACACAGAGUCCGACACAGAGUCCGACACAGAGUCUGACACAGAGUCUGACACAGAGUCCGACACAGAGUCCGACACAGUCUCCGACACAGAGUCCGACACAGAGUCCGACACAGAGUCUGUCUCCCCAAAAGACAUGAAUAAUGAUGCAUGCCCCACUUAA